AUGAAAGGUUAUAUCUUAUUGUUAACGUCUGAAAUGAUUUGUUUAGGUACUUCACAGAUGCACGUAGUUCCUUCAGCAAGAUGCUAAAGCGCCCCCUCUGGUUGAGCUGUGUAAAUGCUGCGUUCAACGUUGCCAUGAAACUUCACACAACAGAAACAAGUUGUUUCUGUCCCUUCACUUCCUCUGCUUGACGUCUGACAUGGAAAUGUUGAAAAGUUCUGAUGAGGAGAGACUGAGGAUGAGGAUUGCUGUUUUGGAGGCGAGUGUCAACUCAUGUGAGCUGGAAUGUAAAGCCAGCAGAGAGACGGCGCUGAGGCUGAUGGGAGAGCUGGAUCAGGAGAGGAGGAAGACAGCCAGCGGCGCAGCAGCACUUGAUUCACUCAGAGCGGAGUUGGAAGGCCUGGCGGUGGGAAGGAGGGGCGUUGAGACAGAGAAACAGACCUUAAGCGAAAGCCUGGACGCCAGCAGGAGAGUGGCGGAGGCAGCCAGGCGAGAGUCCCGCUGUUUGGAGAAACAAGUAGAGGAGCUUGUGGCGAAGGCCCGGGCUGACGAGGACAAACGUGAGCGGUUCCUGGAAAAGGUGGCUAGACUGCUGCAGGAGAGGUCUGAGCAUGUCAUCCUGCCCACAGAGGAAGAUGUUUUACACAAUCUAGACAACUUCUGUAAUAAGACUGUAUCCCAGAUGGAGAAGAGAUUGCAUCACACAUCCGAGGAGCUGAAAGAGAAGAUGGCGCUUCAGCUCGGCACACUGCAGAGGGCUCAGCUUGCCGAGCAACAAGUCCAGGACCAGAAGAGGCGACUGCAAAGUCUGGAGACGGAGCUGCUGAGGGCAGAGGUGCAUCGGGAUGGACUACGACACAGCGAGAAACAGUAUGAGGAGUUUCUGGAACAGCUGUCUGAGACGAUGAAGCUUGACAGUAUCGAUCCGGAUCUGGACUUUGACAUGAAGCUGAAGCUCAUCCAGUCACGCGCAGAACAACUUGUCAGACAAGAGGCAGCCGCUUUAGUGGAAAGCAAAAGACAGACAUAUGGCUUACAGCAAAAGGUAAAAUCACAAAAGGACCAACUAGAAAGAAGAGAACUCCACGUCCAGCUUUUGAGGAAAAAGGUUUCAGAGCUAGAGGAGGAGAAGAGAAGUCGAUCUGCGCUGGCUGGAGAACAAAACGAUGCACUUCUAGAGGGCCGGAAGUUAAGAAAAAGGCUGGAGAGUCUCCAAGGAGAGCUGAGGGCGGCCAAGCUGUCCAACAAUGAGCUCAAGGCCCAGCUCACCCGCAUCAACGAGCUCAAGCAUGCUAAGCUGAAGGUUUUUGGACAGAGUCAGACCGCGCAGGAGCAGAAGCUGAAGCUGAAGCUGAAUCAGCUGGUGGACGAGAAGACAAAGGUGGAGCAGAAGCUGAGCACGGUAAGCUCAGAUCUGCAGGGCCAGGAGAAGAAGGCAAGAGAGGACCAAGAGCAGCUCCACAUCCUCAGGGAGAGCCUGGUUCAGAUGUCUGAGAGGCAGAGGGAGCUCGUGGAUUUCCGGUCAAAGAUUUCUCAGAUGUUGGGCCUGAACUCGACAUCUUUGUCUCUUUCAAAUUCUGAAAUGAUCAAGCUACUUGAGGAACUUCUUCACAGUCCCCAUCACCAUCAUGUCUGCCAUCACCAUGACGCUACACCCUGGCACUGCUCUACUCACCACAGUCUUCCUCCGCUGCCCGACCCGCCUGAAAGGGGUUCCACCCUGGAUGCCUCUGUGUCUGGUUCCUCUUUUGCUGCCUUUUAAAACCAUUUUUUUUUAAAAUGUAUACCAAAUGUCAUCUAAAAUGUGUACAAAUAUGGUUUAGCAACCACUAAAAUAACAACAUAUUGAAGUUUAAAUAUGAGAAAAAACAGACCU